GAAUAUAAUCAAAACAUAUAUUUUGUUGAAAAUUUUCCUGGCACUUGUUACAAUUUAUUCAAAUAUUUGUUUAAAAUCUAGUUUCACUUAAAAUGCUUGUUGGUUUUAUACAAAUUUAAGCACAAACUUAUCUUGAAAUUACAAACAUUUUAUCAAAUAAUGAGAAAUUAUAAAUUGAGUGUUACUCCACCUACAAAAACAACUAUAUAAUCGUUACUAUUGUUGGCAUUUAGUAGCAGUAACGCGAAAAUACACUAUACAUUUUCCACUAGAUAUAGAAUUUGUAAGCAACGAAAACAAACCAUAGGUUAGAGUAAAUUUUGGAAUAAAGUUGAUAAUCGUAAAAAUAUGUUCAUGUUAAUCGUAUUUAAAUCUUUAUAUUUAUCAUAAAUAUAUAUUACUGUUAUUUACGGUUUCAAAAUACGAGUAUAAAUAAAAUUAUUAUUUUACUUUGAAGAAGGAUUUAUAUAAAUAUUAACUCAAGUAGUACAUUACAUUAAUAUAUUUUUUUUAAAUGUACUGCGUAUUAUACGCUAAAGGUCGUUAAAAAGUGACAGUGAUACACUAGUAAACGAAUGCGAAUAUUUCAGAAAUUACAAUUAAGUAAAAGAUUAAUAGAUUGAAUUAUCAAUUUUUCAAGACUUAAAUUUGAUGUAUUAAGUAAUAUUACAUUUAUUUAAACAAAAUAAUAAAAAUAAUUGCAUUACAUAAAUAUUAUGUGGCAUAUAAACACUUCUGUUUAUAUUUCUUUGAGCAAAGUCUUUUGUACAGAUUGAUGUUUUGCAACAAGGAUGAUACUGUUUCUUUAAUGAUAUUUAAUGGGAGAAUAUAUGUAUAUAUUUAUUUAUGAAACUCUAAUAGUAUACAAUAAUAAUAAAAGACAAAGAGCAAACCAAAUUUUUAUAAUUCGAUAAAAAUAUAAGUCUUUUAAUAUAUAAAUAACAAUGUCAAAGCAUUGUAAUAUAUGUUCAAUGUAUUUUCAAGAUGAAUACGCCUUGCAAGGUCAUCUUGCAGGUAAAAAGCAUUUAAAGAGAUUUCAGCAAGUUGACAUUAGCGAAAGGUCAAUUAUUGUGUCACCGCUACCAAAAUUUAUUCCUUCUCUUGAAUAUAUUGAAUUUUUUCAACAGUAUGGUACAAUUAAGUGGUAUCGAUUUGGUGCAAAUUACCUUAUUAUUGAAUUUGGCGAUAGACGAUCUGCAGAAGUUCUUUUGAACAAACCAGUUUGGAUAUAUAAUGUUAAAUUGAAGAUAAGGAAAAGAACAGUAUUCGAGGGAAAAUCUAAAUCGAUUAAACAAAAUAAUCCCAUGAAUAAUACUGAUGUAAUAAGUUAUGAUAAUAUUAAACAUAUAUUUGAGGGAGAAGCUACAUUUGAUGAGCAGCUAACACUAUUUUUGAAUGCAAUACAACUGACUGAUUUUGAAAUAGAGACACGAUAUGAAUCUGUUUGCACACAUCUAGAUAAGAUAUUUAAAGUUGUGUUUCCGAAAUGCAAGACAUACAAAUUUGGUUCGACUCAAACUAGAUUAGGUUUUAAAGAAUGUGACUUAGAUAUAUAUAUGGACAUUGGUGAACCAAUAUAUGAAACUGAAAGUGCACCACCAAAUUCAUGGACUAUGCAAAAGAUUUUUAAAGAAGUGAAAAAAAUAAUGUAUGGAAUGAAUUGUACUUUUUCUGAUAUAAUAGCAAUUCCAAAAGCUAAAACGCCUAUUAUCAAAUUUUGUUAUAUUCGAACAAACGUUUCUUGUGAUAUUUCAUUUAAAAAUAGUUUGGGUAUAUAUAAAAGUCAUUUGAUAAAAUAUUAUAUUUCUCUUGAUGAUAGAUUGAAGCCAUUAAUGAUGCUUAUUAAAUAUUGGGGAAAACAUUUUAAAAUAGCAGGUUCAGGAAAAAUAUCUAAUUAUGCUUUGGUUUUAUUAAUUAUUUUUUAUUUACAACAGCCAACUGUUAAUAUUGUUCCCUCUUUAAUGGAACUUCAAAAAACUUGUCAGCCACAAAUUAUAAAUGGAUGGCAAGUUAAUUUUAAUGAAAAUACAGUGUUACCUAAAGUAACAAAUAAGAAUAGUAUUACACAACUUCUUCAAGGCUUUUUCCUUUUUUAUUCAAGUAUUAAUUUUAAGUCAAAUGUAAUAUGCCCAAUAGAUGGAAUGAUACAUACAGAAUCAGAAUUUAAAGACGUAGAAAAUUUACCAUCAUGUAUGAAUGGGUAUAAAGCAUAUGUAAACGAGAAUGAAAAUCUUAAAUUCAAUGCUAAUAAACCAAUGUGCAUCCAGGAUCCCAUAGAACUAAGUCAUAAUGUUACAAUGGGUAUACAUUUUGCAGCAUUAAACCAAUUUGUAAAGUACUGUGCAAUUGGUGCUGAAAUUUGUGCGACAACUAGUAAAAAUGAUUAUAAAGAUCUACUAAAAACUUUGCUUACCACAAUUUUGCUUAAAAAUUCUCCUGAAAAUAAAUUUAGUAUUUCAAUUUCUACAAAGCAGUUUCAAUGUAUCAAUAAAUCAAAAAGUGUGGAUAACUGUAAAGAUAAUGAAUCGAAAAAAUUGACACAAAGCAAUUGGUAUUCUACUGUUUGUUCCGUAAUAAAAGAUAUUCUUGAAAAAGUUUUUAAAGUACAAGUUGAAGUUUUUACAGAUGACUUAGAAGCAAAGCACCAAAAAGUUGAUAUUUCAUCAGAUGUACACACAGAAAAACAUCAGACAGUUAAACUUCGCUGUGUUGGAUCUCAUUGUGUUUGGUAUAACAGAAAAAUCAACAACAGUAUUGUUUUAAAUCCUAGUUUAAGUUGUUUGCAAAAAGAAGCUCUUAUAUCAGAACAAACAAUAGAAAAUUAUAAUAAAGGAAAACCAGUUAAUAAAAUACAUUUAGAUUUUAUAUGUAUAAUUGAAAAGAAAGAUUCUCAGAAAGUUUCUAUAACUAUAAUCAAUAAUAACUGUAGUGAACGACUUUUUCGUGAUUUCAAACGCUUUACUUUAUGCAAAUUACCAGAAGUAACAACACGGACAUUAAUGUACAUACGACAAUUCAAUAAGUUUUGAAUUAUGUAUAUAGUAUGAAUCUACAUACAUCACAUAAUUUCGGACCAAUGGGGUAUAAUUUCUUUUUACAAGGUAUCUUUAGAUUUGCUAUCUAUUAUUUAUCAUUUUCUUUCCAAAUAUAAAUAUUGCUGUUUAUGUUACUAAUAAUUUAAAAAUG